CAGCUGCGGGGUGAUGCGACACGUUUAGCGUUAGCUAGGUCGAGAAAUUCACCGUUUUAUCACAAAUUAAAGCUGCAAAUCAGGCUCAUCCGUAGUUUUUUACGUCUGAAGAAAUGCGAAGACGAAAAUACAGUAAGCUCAGGAAAACAAGCUAAUCAACGGUUUCAGUUGGAACUAUUUUAAGUUUGUCUCCUGGAAGGUCACAGUCCCUGUGGCCUCAGCAGCAUCAUGGUGGACAUUGCUGUGAAGAGCGGAGCGGCUUGGGUCUGUCACUCUCAGGACCAUCACUUGACUGAUGUCCUGCUUCCUGUUCACAUCACUAACAGAGAGGGUCCUGAGGAAGAGCUUAGUCAGUCAGAGGGAGACGAGAUAAACUGGGGCGACCCCGUGCUGUUGGAACAGACGGAGGAAGGCUCUCCUUGUGUCCUGACCCUCCACUGCAGCCCCUCCUCCCCUACUGCCAUCAGCCGCCUGCUGGUCGUCAGCGAGGCUCGAACCAUGGAGGUGUACGGCCAGAUGGGAGAAUACUGUGGGACGGUACGCGGGGAGAGAGACGACCACAUCCAGCCAGACAGUUCAGACAGAGGACCUUUCUACAAGAAGCAGCUGACACUCGAGCACCCAUCCUCGGCCUGUGAAGUGAAGCUGCUCUCCCUGGCAGGUAGAAGCAGUGCUUUGGUGUGUCGCGUCAUCGUGGGCCUUCAGCAGCUACAGCCUUGCCCGGCCCGCGGCCCCGGCAUCGACAUGCAGCAGGUGCAGUGUCUGGUUGAGGAGAUGGGAACAAGCCUCUCACCAGGAGCCCAGAAUCUCAUGGACAUGGUGCACUUCCAGCAGAAGAACCAGACCAGCUCUUUGGGCAAUUUCCUGCCUCUCCUGAUGGGCGGUGGGGCUUUCUCUGCGCUGGCUCAAGCCAACAUCUCCCCCGCAGCUGUCAGCAACCAGCCCCAGCCUGCAGACUCCAGGCCCCCCAUCAGCUCCGUCAUGCCUGCAGAUGAAGCUCCACCUGCUCAGAAUGGAGCAAUGUCAGACGGCUCCACCUCCUCCUCACCAGACCGCCUUUUUUCUGGCGUCAGCACUAAGAACAUAAUGAGCCACGACCAGCUGGCGGAGAUGAUGUCACACUUCCUGAAGGGACAGGGGCACGACCAGGCGCUAAGAUCCGGCCCCGAUCUUCUGCCCGUGCUCCAGAGCGUCUGCGGUCAGGUGACGAAGCUCAGACUGGAUGACGCUGCAGCGGUGGCAGAGAAGGAGAAGCAGAUGAGAAAUGGAACAUGGGAACUGGACGCAGCAAUGGAGCGUCGUCUGGAGGAGAUGGAGAGGAGGCUGAAGGAGCAUGUGGACCGUCGCCUGGAUGCCCUGGAGCAGAAGCUGGAGAAGGCAUUUCUGAGCGCCCUGCCGCAGUUCGCCCUCAACCAGGGAGCCAUGAGCAGCUCAGCUGGAGAAGCAGCUUCCACUGGGCUGUCGGAGCAGCCGGCCCCGAUGCCAGCCAUGCACUGAGUUCAACAACGCUAAAAGACUAACACGACACAAACGCCUUUCAUAAGGAGGAAAUGACUGAAAUAUGGACAAAAUUAUAACGAUAAAGCAUAAAAUGGUCUUAAACUGUAAGUGUCCAGCUGUCAAAGAUGCAGCCUCUGAAAUGGUUUGUUUGUCUUUUAUCUCUGGGGAAAAAAAACAAAUGAAUGCAACACUGUUUGACAGCCAGUCUGAAUGUCCUGGAUGUUGGACCGUCCCAUCAGCUUGUGAACAUGAUGCAAGUUUAGCCUAAAGAAUCAAAACAUGUGUAAGUGUAGAAAUCCCAUAAACCACAAAAAACAAAAACAUAUCCUGCAGCUGCAGUGCAUUCUGGGCAAGUUUGGCCACAUGAAAAGUAGCCAGAAAUACAUCAUUAAGUGAUUUUGAAACCAUUGGAACUGAAAAUGAAGUAAAACUGAGCAUGGCCUGCAGUUAGAGCCCGGACGCAGACAAACGUAAAGAACAAGCUUUAAAUUAUUGCAGUGAUAUGAUCUUAACCAGGUUAUUGUUUAUGGUUUUAACCCUCCCAGGUUUCAUAAUCCACAUGAUCCAUCUUGACCAGCAGUUAUUCUUAUUCAAACUAUGUACUGUAACUACACUUACCUGCUCUUAAGUGUUUUGGUUAGUCAGGCCUCAACUGUUUGGCAAAUGAAUACUCCUUUAACAGGCGUGGAUGUAGAAGGUGUAACUGAUUAAAACACGUUUUAAUAUGCCACUGUAAUGUUUUAAAUAAUGUACAUGUCUGUAACAUAAAAUUUAUCUGCCCACGUAAACUAUUAAAAGGACUGAGAUGUUGAUGAUUUUGAUAACUCUACUGACGUAAAUAGCAAUAAAAAAUAUA